GCCAUUGCCACCAGACUCGACGAAAUUUGCGUGGUUAAUUUCUAACGAAUACGUUAAUAAGCGCCAAGGAAGGAGAAACACAAUCAUCAAUGCGGGUUUCAUCGCAAGCCUGGCAAAGGGAGGUAACUGAACAUGGCUGGGGAAGACUGUGUGUCGUUAGUCUGUGUACACAACCAUUACAUGUACAUCAGGACUCUGUGUGAUGGAGGAGUCGGCGUUGGCAAGGAGUAGUUCUGGCAACCAUACAGUGUAUUCAGUAUUGUCCUGUUAAACGUGUUGAAAGAGAAACUGCUUAUUUGUGAAAGAUUCCAACUAGAUUUCUACUUUUGAAUGGCCUUUAGACUGGUUGUUCGUUGAAUAAGUGGGACUUUCUACUUCUGUUGAUGCAUGUUUAUAGCAUUUAUGAACGAUGGAUCCUGGGAUAUAGUGGAAAAGUUUCUUUGCAAGUGUUUGCAGUAAAUAUUGGCGGUUAAUGAUAUCCGGCGUAGCAGUGUGGCUGUGUCCCCAAGGUAGUGAUGGUCACAACUGGUUCUUGUUUGAUAGGAAUGCACGGUGGCAGCACCUUCGUUGCAUCACCUUCGUUGCAUCACCUUCACUGCAUCACCUUCGUUGCAUCACCGAUAAAGGAAAGUGUCUGGGAAAAACAUAUUUGUGAUUGGCUUCAAAAAGACCCCAGAGAAAAUUGAUGAUUUAUGAUGUUGGAGAUGUUACGAGUACUUCUGGUGGAGCUGCUCUCACACUGGGGAGAAGAUUUACUGAUGCCACAUUAACAUUAUCCCAAAGUUUAAUGUCACAGGAAUAGAUACCAAGAGUUAUGUCAAAAAAAUAUGAAAUUCGUUUCGGAUGUUACUAUGUUUCAUGAGAAAAUUGCUGGCGGACUAGUGGUCUAGUUGCCGUGUGAGUUCUGCUUUCAUCAUGCACAAGGGCCGACGCAAACGAGGCCAGCCAAAGGGAAGAGCCAAGGUGAAGAACAAGACAGAGGCAAGUCCAGAAGAGACCUUUUUGGCUUUUCUGCAGUGUUCGUAUGUCCAGGCCACAGUGUCGGAUGCUGCCUUGGAGGUAAGUCUGAAGGUCGACCCAGGGGUGAGCGACUCCCACAGACACAUCUUCAGUGCAUUCAUUCAUGGAGAAAUCAAGUGCAGUGAUGUCUCUGCUAAGAUUCUGCCAGUUGAAGUGUAUGAGAGUUGUGUUUGUGGAGAACAGAUGCAGAAACAAGACACUGUAGUUAGCUUCAACCUUGUUGCCACUGAUUUUAAGUCUGAAUGUAACAUCUGUCACGACCAUGGAAGCUUGACCAGUAGAUCCUGUGCAGACCAGAAGAGCUGUGCCAAGACUGGGGUGGUCACUGAUGGAGACUCACAGGUGAAGGGUGAUUGUGAACUUCACAAAGACAUCUUUCCAGAAUUGUCCCAUCCUGGAAAUGAAGCACCUGAAAAUGAUUCUCAAAUUGAAAAUAACAGUUUAUCUAAAAGGCCGAGGAGAUCUAGAACUAAAAUGACGUAUAAAGAUUUUGAGAGUAUGUCAGAUAGUGAAAGCAUAAUGGAUGAUGUUGCUAGUGAUGGUGGUGGUGAUGAUGAUGACUUUCUCCUGGAGAAGGAACGGGAACAAGCUGCAGGAGCUGCGUGUGACAGAAUGGGUGGUCGGGGAGGUGGGAGGAGGAGGAAGAAUACUGUGAUGGAGGGGAAAGGAGAGGACGAGGCCAUGGGGGUAAAUGCAUCUGGAUAUAAAUGUAAAACAUGUGGCAAAGAUAAGACAACUGUGACAGGAAAGGGUGAGAAGUGUCAUAGCGGCUGUAAAUAUGCCAAGUGUGAUUUGUGUGACAAACGGUUCAAAUCGUUGGAAACGCUGAAAAAACAUGAAAAAACUCAUUCCACUUCUCUUUCCUUUGUGUGUUCUGACUGCGGCUCUUCCUUUCAGAGUGUACAAAAUCUGACAAGACACAUGAAAACUCAUAAGGCUUCCAAGGUGUACAAAUGUGGCACGUGUGGUAAAUCUGUUUCUGAUGCCUCCUCUCUGAGGGUUCACACUCGAAUCCAUACCGGCGAACGUCCGUAUCAGUGUGACACGUGUGGGAAGACUUACACAGACUCCUCCGCGCUGCGCAAUCACAGGAAGUGCCACAGUAAACAGAAGUUCAAGUGUGACUCUUGUGACAAGACAUUCUCCUCCAAGAUGUCCUUGAGAAGCCAUCAGGGCAUCCACACUGGACACCGUCCAUUCACCUGCACUGUGUGUGGCAAAGGCUGUCUGACCAACUCUCACUUGAAAAGACACGCAAGGCUCCAUACAGGUGUACGGUCACAUAAAUGUGACUCCUGUCCGAAGGCGUUCUUUGAUCUGAGGGAUUUGAGUGUUCACCGCCGGGUCCACACAGGAGACAAACCAUUCAGUUGUACAAUGUGUGACAAGACGUUCACGAUGGGGAGCUCCCUGAAGAAGCACAUCCUUCUCCACAGUGAGCUGAAGCCGUUCAAGUGUGAAGUGUGUGACAAGGAGUGUGUCACGGAGCUGCAGUACCGUUGUCACAUGAAGAUACACAGUGAUGACAAGAAGUUUAUCUGCGAGUUGUGCGGCAAGCGCUUUCUCACAGCAAGCAAUCUCCACUCCCAUGACAUUACCCACAAGGGCUACAAGCAGCACAAGUGUGACCAGUGCGGGAAGAGUUAUCGCAGCGCGUGGUACCUGCAGAUCCACAGGAAGACUCACACCGGGGAGAACCUGAUCCAGUGUCACUCGUGCGGGGACUGGUUCAUCGAUCCUUCCUACUUCAAGCUGCAUCAGCGGAAGUACUGUAAGGGUAGACUGGAGUACUGCAGCGUGUGUGGCCGGGGAUUCCCCACCAACCGCGACCUCACCAGCCACAUGGGCAUCCAUACCGGGGAGAGGCCGUUUGGCUGUGAAACAUGUGGCAAAGGCUUCGCUAAGCCUGAAGCUUUAUCCGAACAUGUCAAACGGCACACUCUUGAGAACUGCGUCCGAUGCAAAGUGUGCAGUAAACCCUUCAUUAACACAAAUGAAUUGCGGAAGCACGAAGUCAGACAUGGAAAGGUGAAGCUUCGAGCAACACUCCCUGAUAAUCUGAAACCAGGCAACAGAGAUAUUGACAUGCCCCAGACGGAGCCAGAGUGGGAGCCUUGUGACGGAGACUUGGAGCCAAGCACUACAGCAGAGCAGCUGUCAUCUAGAGAUGCAAGGUCCAUGGCACACAGCACGACAGGGGAUGGGAGACCUUCCAGUUAUGCUGAGGCCACUGACUAUGAUACGGGCCAUAUAUCACAUGCCCCCGCAGCUCAUGAUAUGGGCCAUAUAUCACAUGAACCCUCAGCUCAUGAUAAGGUCCAAAUAUCACAUGCACCACCAACUCAUGAUAUGCAACAUAUAUCACAUGCACCCUCAGCUCAUGAUACGCAACAUAUAUCACAUACAUCCUCAGCUCAUGAUACGCAACAUAUAUCACAUACAUCCUCAGCUCAUGAUACGCAACAUAUAUCACAUGCACCCUCAGCUCAUGAUACGCAACGUAUAUCACAUGCACCCUCAGCUCAUGAUACGCAACGUAUAUCACAUGCACCCUCAGCUCAUGAUACGCAACAUAUAUCACAUACAUCCUCAGCUCAUGAUACGCAACAUAUAUCACAUACAUCCUCAGCUCAUGAUACGCAACAUAUAUCACAUACAUCCUCAGCUCAUGAUACGCAACAUAUAUCACAUACAUCCUCAGCUCAUGAUACGCAACAUAUAUCACAUACAUCCUCAGCUCAUGAUACGCAACGUAUAUCACAUACAUCCUCAGCUCAUGAUACGCAACAUAUAUCACAUGCACCCUCAGCUCAUGAUACGCAACGUAUAUCACAUACAUCCUCAGCUCAUGAUACGCAACAUAUAUCACAUACAUCCUCAGCUCAUGAUACGCAACGUAUAUCACAUGCACCCUCAGCUCAUAAUACAGGAUAUUUAUCGCAUGCACCCUCAAAUCUUCAUAUGGGACAUAUAUCGCAUGCACCUUCAGGUCACACAGGACAUAUAUCACUUGCACCCUCAAGUCAUACGGGAUAUAUGUCACAUGCACCCUCAGAUCCUGAUACUGGUCAGUUUUCUCAUAUUCAGACCGGCCUUCAGUCAACUGUGGCCACCUUCAGACCAGAGGGGGACUACACCCAACCUUCCUCCAACCUGAAGCCAGGGGGUGGGGCUCGGAGCAUGAUAUCCUCUGUUGGCGGCCCUGAUAGUGGCCUGUAUUCCAGCAGCCUGUCCAGUAUUCACCAGGGGGACAUGAUGCUUCCCCGGGGUGACCACUCCACCAUGAUGGUGACCGACCAGGGUCAGAUCGUGUAUGACGGACAGCAUUACAGCAUCUGUGACAUGCAGGACAAUCUAGCUGGUCUAAAGGAUCCUGGUCCCAGGGAUGUGAUUCUGGCACCUUCGUUCCUCACCUCUGGAAAUAACAGGAAGACUUUGGCAUUUGAAUUGAUGAUGACACGAUCAAAGAAAGAGAUGUCACAAGUGAAGGGAGGGGUCGGACUGGUUGAAAAUGACAUUAACAAAUCGCAUCUUCAGUGCUCCGUUUCCAACAUUAGUUUUGUGCUUGGAGCUCUAGAAAUGAGAUUGAAGUUUGAAUAUGAAGGUGGUGAGAAUCCACACUAUGAAGAUUUUGUCCAGGGCACAGUGACCGGUGUUUCAGAGGGUAGGUCUGUGGUGGCUGAUGACUGCCCAGAUUGUGGUGAGAAGGGUCGACAGACUGUCCUUCAUGUCACGGUGACAGCUGUCAACAGGUGCUCCUGUAUUGUCUCUGGUGACAAGUCUGUCACUGACACUGGAGACAGUCGGGUUGAUGAACAAAGAUGCUGUGGUACAGUGUCUGGUGAUGAGAAUGUUGACUCUAGAGACGCUAGUCAGGAUGACGGCGGUACGUGGGGUAUGAAGGGACUGCCUGUGGUACAUGUGCUGAAUGAGACCGCUGAUGGAGACAGGACGUUUUCGCCCACUGUAUCAGGCUGUAGGAAGCAAUGUUCAGGUGCAGGAAAUAGGAAUAGAACUUCUGAUUCAGUUGACACCCUGAACAUGGAAAAAGGAAAUGUACAGAGCAGUGUCAGUGAUCGUCUCAGGCGGGGUGGGCGAAAGAGACCAGCAAGAAAGACUGACGACACCAACCUGACAGCAUUAUGCUCAUUGACCGACCAAGCAGUAAGCAGAUCAAAAUGCCCCAGAACUUUGCCGCCAACUCGAAGAACAAAAAGGAGAGAGAAUCCAGAAAGUGUGAACUUAUAUAAUAAAUCAGAUGACAUCCCUUGUUCUAUGUGUGAUAAUGUAUUUAAGGCAAAACUGGAGUUGACAAAGCAUAUGAAAUCUGUACAUGUUGAGAAAUGUUACAAUGGUGACAGCAGUGAGCAAUCCUGCGAUGACUCCCAAGCUAGGAGACUUCAGAGGAGCGUCCAUGAUGGAGGGCAGCCCAGCCAGCGUGAUAUGUGCGAGAAAACCAACAUGGCCACGACUCGCCGCACAAAGCACACGGCUGACAAGAGCUUCAAGUGUGAUCAGUGUGGGAAGUGCUUCCAUUUGAGGACACAGUUGCAGGCUCAUCUAAGUGUCCACACAGGAGAUCGACCUUUCACGUGUGGUUUGUGUGGCAAGCCAUUUGUGUCGAGGCUACACCUCCAAAAGCACAUGAAACUCCAUCUGGGAGGGAAACGGCACACAUGUGACCUGUGUCCUAAAGCUUUCCUAUCGGCCAAAGAUCUGGAGUACCACCGUACCAAGCAUACAGGAGAUAAGAAGUUCAAGUGUGACGCCUGUGGAAGGACAUUCACGGUCAAGGCAUCUCUCAAGAAGCAUCUCCUACUGCACAGAGAUGUGAAACCAUUCAAGUGUGGAUGCUGCCAGAAGGACUUCGCUUCCAAUGGGCAGCUUCAGAAACACUCCAAGAUCCAUAACACUUUGAACCCUCUUGUGUGUGAGAUCUGUGGCAAGACCUUCCCCACCAACAACUACCUCCAGUCACACAGGAAGACACACAUUGGGUAUGAGAAGUAUCGGUGCGAGGUGUGCGGGAAGUCCUACCGAGAAGCUGCCUAUCUGAAGAUCCACAUGAAGUCGCACACCGGGGAGGGGCUUUUGAAGUGUGAUCUGUGCUGGGAGAACUUUGCCGACCCUUCAUACCUGAAAGUCCACAAGAGGAGGUUCUGCCGGAGCAAGACUGUGCAGUGUGAGGAAUGUGGUAGAGAGUUCGUCAACCAGAGGGAUCUGCGGCUGCAUCGUGGAGUACAUUCUGGAGAACGCCCUCACGAGUGCCGUGUGUGUGGCAAGGGCUUUCUGAAGGCUGAUGCUUUGUCUGAACAUGCUCGUCGUCAUGAUGAUAGCUUGAAAACACAUAAAUGCGAUAUUUGUUCCAAGGGUUAUGUAUGUGCGAGUGACUUGCGGAAACAUAAGAAAACGCACAAUAAGGUCAAAAACAGGAUUCAGUUACCAGAUAAAUUCAAAUAUGACAUUGAAAAGAGUGAUAUGAAAGUGUCACUAGUCGAAGCACAAGGAGUGACAGCAGAAAUAUCCAAACAUCCAAAUCUUUCGCUGGAAGUAUCAGACAUUCAAAUUAUUUCAUUACCAGCCGAGGUUGAGGCAGAGAAUCCUGAAACCCAGAGCAGGGAGGAAUAUGGCCAUGGUGACAUAGACGAAGGAAAACCCAGCAAGGACACUAUAGCCAGCGUGAACACCAGUGAGAAGGACCUAGUCAAGAGGGAGUCCGGGGGAAAUAAUCGACUUCAACAGUCCAGCAGCCAGGGUGCAUCAGGUGCUGAUGAAAUUGUCAAGGCAGAAGAAGAUAUUGUCAGUGCACAGGCCAGUUAUAAUCUGGUCAAAACCAAGGCCAGCAAAGAUCAGGUCACUGGACAGGGAGGCAAAGAUCAGGUCAGUGUACGAGUCAGUGAAGGUCAGGUCACUGCACAGGGAGGCAAAGAUCUGGUCAAUGUACGAGCCAAUGGAUGUCAGGUCAAUGCACAGGCCAGAGAAGAUCACCUGAAUGAAGAGGACGAUAGUGACACCAGUGCUACUGAGCGGUCGAAAGAGGAGUCUGAAGACAUGUUGCUGGACACUGCCAGUAUCUCGUCCCCCAUCCACCUGGACUCCCUGGACCCCAACUCCAGCUUGGAGAAUGCCCUGAACGCCCUGAUGAGCGACACAGACCAGCUGCUCACUAACGUCUACUACAAGCUGAAUCUCCCCGGGCGGUCUCCCACCUAGCUGAGGCAUGAUUGUGUAGUUUGGUAAAUCAACCACUGAAGUCCAUCCAGGACGAGGGCGGAGAAACCACGUACUGUCAGGAUGAAGCUGUCCUUGUGAAGGCAUAAGGCUCAAGCUGUCUGUGUAAAUGCGUAAGACCCAAGUUGUCCAUGCGAAGCUGUCCUUGUGAAGCCCAUUG